UCUAUGCACGUCCCAAUGGAUUGUGCUGAAGAGGCUGCGUGAAUUUUAGUAUCAAAGCUAUCAUAUACCGUCAGUUUUCUUCGAAACGGCUGCGGUGAAAAAAUCGGGCCAGGCGCGAUUAAUUAGUUACUAAACCAAAGUUAAUUUCAAUGCACGUCCCAUCGGAUUGUGCUGAAGAGUCUGCGAGUAUUUCAAUAUCAAAGCUGGCGCAUCCUCGAAGAAUGGAUGUAGCACGGACACGAACCACGUCGACAUUUUCGUGCUAUGAUUUGAUCGACAAUGUUAUAAAAUAGACAUGGUACGUAGUUCCUUUUUUGAAAACGUGGACGUGGAGUGCUAGUGUACGGGGGAGAUCGCCGGUCCCACCCAUAAAGCCGACGUGGCCGCUCUCACGUUUAUAUUUCUGGCAAUAGCAAUAAUGCAGACGAUAAAUUAUUAGAUUCACUUGGUAAUUAUAUUUACCAGCUGGUCGAGUUUUUAAUAGUGUCUGAGCGGUGCACCGUGUGGCGUUUUAAAUGUGAUUUUACCGAUUUUGCAACUUUUUGCCAAGUGCCUAGUUACAAACACAUUUUUGGAGGUUAGAAACGUGUCUGUCAAGCCUGAAGAAAUUUCAUUUGCAUGUAAAUAUUUAUCUCUACUCAACGAUCUGAACAUCGUGGAGUAAUUAAUGGAUUGACAAUGGGUCUGUUAACGGUGUUGAAAAAAUUGAAGCAGAAGGAGAAGGAGAUGCGAAUCUUAAUGUUGGGCCUGGAUAAUGCAGGCAAGACGACAGUGUUAAAGAGACUCAAUGGUGAACCAAUAGACACUAUAUCGCCCACGCUUGGCUUUAAUAUCAAGACACUGGAACAUCGCGGGUACAAGCUCAAUGUAUGGGAUGUGGGUGGACAAAAAUCACUGCGUUCCUACUGGAGAAAUUACUUUGAGUCGACCGACGGGCUUGUUUGGGUGAUAGACAGCGCGGACAGAAGGAGAUUGGACGAUUGUAAAACGGAAUUGUACAAGCUUCUGCAAGAGGAGAGGUUAGAGGGAGCAAGUCUCCUUGUAUUCGCCAAUAAGCAGGAUAUGCCUGGCGCGUUGUCCGCGGCUGACAUAGCCGACAUUCUGGAGUUACCCAAUAUAAAGACUCACCACUGGCAAAUCUACAAGUGCUCGGCUGUGACAGGUGAAAAUCUAGUCGACGGUAUCAAUUGGAUUGUUGACGAUAUCGCAGCAAGAAUAUUUUAUGUAGAUUAAAUUAAUUUAACAGACAUCGAUAUGGCAAUACCUCGUUAAAUGCUGAAAUUAGUGCUUGACAAAUUUUUCUAAAAUGAUAUUUAUACUGUAAUAUAUAUCACGCUGUGAAAAUAUGUAACACACACAGUAUUAUAAGGAGAUUCCACAGUC